UUGUAGCGUGAAACCGAAUGAUUAUAUGAAGCACACGAUGGUAACUCACUCAUUGGAUUGUUGAGGGGCCUCCGCUACAAACUGGAUGGGAAAGCGUUUAAAUGGGUGAUCAUCAUCAAGAAUACCACUAAAGUCCUUACCAAAUAGAACGUCCAACAUUGUUACCUGUAAUUUUAAAAAAAAUGUGUUUUAAAAGAUUUAGGUUGGUAUUUCUGCGAAGACUAAGUAAUAAGCGAUGUGAACGAGUAGCGACCACUCACAAUUUCUUUUGCUUUAGCCUCCAGAUCGGGGGCAUUUGUAUGUGUUUGGUAUGAAUCCCAAAUUGCUACUUCACGAUAUUUUAUAUCAACGACCAUAAGGGCAAAGUGAAGGGCCAAGUAGAUUGGUACGAAAAUCUGAGAAGAACAAAAAGUAAAAGUAAGGUAAAAUGACUAUUUUGCACAUGGUUUGAAGGGACUUUCAUAAAACAAAAAUCAACAUUCAAAUGCGACCAUACCCGCUCAGAGUCUCCGAUCCUUGAACAAUAUUCUGAUACCAGCUUUUGAGAAGUCAUAUACUUGAAAAACUCCGUCUGGGUGUCUCCAGACUUCAACUACAACAAAUAAGCACAUUAAUACAUAGAGUAUUAUGAAAUCAAUAGAUGUAUACGAAUGGGCUUGUGGAUUACCCCAACUAUAGUCGGCAGGAAUGUGUUUGUAGGAACAUGGGUUGGCUUUCGUUUGAGGGGGCGUGUUAGAGAGUGGUAUAAGAUCCACGAUUGAACCUCUCCCAACAACUCGAGUUAUUGGGAGCAACUGGUUCUUGACAUGUAGGAGAAGGUGGCACCGAGUGGAAUCGCGCUUGAUUUCCCGGCGACUGAUGCUCCUUCGUCUGCCUCGACGCCGAGAUUUCCCAAGCGGCUUCGGAAGCGGAUGAUGGAGGCAAAAACUUCGCCUGUCAGUAGUGUGCAGGAGAUCGAAGCUAAGCUUCGCGACGCUGAACUCCGGAGGCAGGUUAGUUUGUUUUCCGACUGAGGCUCACUUUCUGCUGUCUGUUUAUCAACUCUCUUCAAUUGGAAAGAGCAAAACCUUUAGGGAUUCUUGGGGGUUUUGUUCUUUCCUUUUUUUUUUCAUUUCGUCAGAGAGUUUAAGCAAUUCGUAGUGAAUUCUGGUUCUUUUGGGGUUUCCCUGGCUGCUGAGUCUAUUGAUCAUCCAACGCUAAAGAAAUGAUCUUGUUUUGAUUCUGAUACUGGUUCACCAUAGCUGAAAUUUGGACUACAAAUUCCGAUCGAUUUUGUGUUAUUUCCCACUUUCUAUUUCUUAUUAUCCCCUUUCCCGGUGGUGGGAUUUUUCAUCUCUUCGUGCGUAAGGUUCAUAUCUCUUGUGUUAGAUUCACUUCUCCUCAGAGAAGAUCUACACCCAGGUCCUCAAUGAGGAGCAGAGAAGCAAAGAGUGCAGGUGCUACAAGGGAAUUGACUAGAAGUCCAGCUAAGUUAUCCAGGUAUUCAGUGAGAGUAGUUCUUUGUGCUUACAUGCAUCUGGGCCAUCCAGAUGCUGUUCUCAGCAGUCAAGGAGAGAGGGAAACUGCCUUGGCCAAGUCUGCAAAGGAUUUUAUCCACGAGUUUGAGCUGUUAAUAAGGAUCAUUCUGGAGGGACCACUUCAGAGCUCUGAUGAUGAGUCGGACUCCAUUUCAUCAAAGCGCUGUACCUUCAGGUCCCAACUUGCGGUGUUCGACAAAGCGUGUUGUGCAUUCUUGAAUUGCUUUGUGGUGUGGAAGGUUAAGGAUGUCGUGUCAUUGGAGGAGGACUUAGUGAGAGCAGCUUGUCAGCUUGAGCUAUCUAUGAUUCAAAAAUGCAAGAUGUCUCCUGGCGGGGAAAAUAAGGAUCUUCUUUCUCAUGAUAUGAAGGCUAUUCAGAAACAGGUAACAGACGACCAGAAAUUGCUAAGAGGUAAAGUACGACAUCUUAGUGGGGAUGCUGGGAUUGAGAGAAUGCAAUCGACUUUGGACAAGAUGCGCUCGAAGUAUAAGGAAAAUGGCACACCAAUUGGUUCACCAAUAAUCAGUGUGUCAUCUCCUGGCAUGCCCAGUUUCGUUGCAGGUGCUGCUACUCCUGCAUCUACAAGUGAUGUCAGGGCUGAGACACCAAGUCGAGUGGUCCGUUCUUUGUUCAAGGAUGAAAGUAUUGACCCAUUUAAACAAGCAAGUUCCUCGGCUGCUGCUAUCCCACCCAAGUCAGCAAUUUCCUCUGCAGCAGGCAUAAGCUCAUCUGUCGGUCAAGUGGGGGGUUCUGUUAAUAAGAUGAUAACAGAGAAUGAAGUUAUUGUGAAUGAGCUUCUUCAUGAAAAGGGUAGGGGUCUGGUUGGCAGAUUAGAAACUGCCCAAAAAGUUGAAGAGAACCUCCAGGCAAAGAUUAAAGAGGCAAUGGAAAAGGCUUUCUGGGAUGGAGUGAUGAACUCCGUAAAAGAAGAGGGACUCGACUAUGACAGGGUUAUUAACCUUGUGAAGGAAGUGAGGGAUGAAAUCAUUGAGAUGGCUCCUGAGAGCUGGAUACAAACCAUCAUGGAAGCUAUUGAUCUAGACGUUCUUACUCAGGUGUUGACGUCGGGAAACUUAGACAUUGAGUAUCUUGGGAAGAUUCUAGAGUUUGCACUGGCUACAUUGCUAAAGCUCUCUUCCCCUGCCCAUGAAGAUGCAAUGAAAGUCAAAUAUCAGAAUUUACUCCAAGAAUUAACUGAGGCAUGUCAAAAUAGAGAUGAUAAUGCAAAGAGUUCUCCUGCGGUGGCAAUGAUUAUAGGUCUCCGCUUUGUGCUAGAGCAGAUACAGACGCUUAAAAGUGAGAUCAGCAAAGCACGUAUAAAACUGAUGGAGCCAUUGUUGAAAGGCUCUGCUGGUGACCAGGAAUGGGAAGAACAUAAUAAUUCCCUCUCGGCUUUGGCCAUCCAUGAGAAUCCUUCGCAGGCGUUUCUGCCUUCUACUGCACUUCGAACCGGUGGGAGCUUUCAGGUGAAACAAAGUGUUGCGCCAGAUGCUGGCUCCAGCAAUGAACAAUCAGCGCUGGUCCCUGAAUGUUCUGGUGAUCGGAUUGAUCUCUUGGUUAGGCUUGGAUUGCUGAAAAUGGUCACUGAGGUCUCCGGUAUAACGCCUGAAACUCUUCCAGAGACAUUCGCUCUCAACCUGUCCAGAUUGAGAGGCGUCCAGGCUGAAGUGCAGAAACUUAUAGUGGUCACUACCAGUGUCUUAGUUUGCCGGCAGACUCUCUUGAUGGAAAGAGGUGCAGCCAGCAGUGGUGACAUAGAAAACACAGUAUCAAACUGUAGCAAGCAACUAUUGCAACUCUUGGACCAUGGUGGCGACGAUGCUGGGAUCGAUGAAAUCGUCGGCAUACUCAGCAGCUUCUUCUCCCAAGAUUCAUCUCCGUCGGGUUAUGAAAAUGAAAACACUCACCAGCUUCAGUCGAGGAAGGAAGUUAUGGGUAGGAUGUUAGGAAGGAGCUUUCAGGCAGGGGGCCCAGUUUUUACAAAGGUCUCCCGAGCUAUUUACUCCGCGGCCAGGGGUGUCGUUCUGGCGGGAAGCGGAUUCAAAGAAAGGAAACUGGUCGAAAAGGCUCUCAGGCCGGUUGGUGCCACCGUCCUCGCUGACAGGGUAGUGGAGGCUGCCCAAGUGCUGGUUACGGCGGCUGGAGUCUCUGUAGCAGUCCAUGGACCAUGGUAUGCAACACUAGUGAACACCUUGUAGAUAGACAUGAUUUGUUUUGUUUGCUUGACUUGGAAGAAAGUUGGGUUGCCAAAUAAGAAAGAAGAAGAAGGAUAUGUACAGAGCGCUGUGUAAAUAAAACUAGCAAUGUGUUUUACGCCGGCGACGAGGCUGCUGUGAUUUGGUUGUUUGUGUGUAUAAAUUGAAGUGAAGAAUUAUGUACAUAGUGUUUGAUAAUAAGAUCAGUGAAUAAUG